AGGCGGGGCGGGGCGGGGCGGGGCGGAGUUGGACUGGACUAGGCUGGACACACUGGGAGGCAGCCGGCGUGCGGUGUUCGCGGUGUCUGUGCGGGCGCGAUGGUGCUGUGCGACGUGUGCGGGCAGGCACUGCCCGCGGAGGCGGCGGCGCGGCGGCGCCUAUCCCUAUGCCGCCGCCAGCCCCGCUGCCCGCUCUGCCGCGCCGCCGCCGCCCCGGGCUGCGACGAGCUCCGCCGGCAUUUGGAGAAGGCCCACCCGGAGUCGGGGCCUCCGGGCUCCUCCCACCCUGGGGCACCGCUCGAGUGUCCGUUCUGUGGGGAGGCGGCGGGGCAGGAACUGGAGGAGCACGUCCAGGACCGGCACGGGCACCUGCUGGGCGCCCCAGGCACGGACACUGGAAAUGGUGAACAGCUAUAUGAAUGUCCUAUGUGCGGUCUUACCUGUACAGACAUUCAGAUUCUUGAAGAACAUGUGAAUUUGCACUUAGAGGAACACAGCUUUUCAGAAGGUGGACAUAUAAGAGAUUUAGAACUGGCUCAGCAGCUCCAGACUGAAGAAGAUAAAUGGCAGAGAUCAGAAGAAGAGAAGCGAGAGAGGGAAGAAUUUAAGAAGCUACAGAGACAGUAUGGCUUGGAUAAUUCUGGUGGCUACAAGCAGCAAUUUCUAAAGAAUAUGGAAAGAGAAGUUGAUAGAGGAAGGAUGCAGCCCUUUGAAUAUCACAAGAGAAAAGCUGACAUGAUGGAAAGUUUGGCUUUUGGUAUAGAUGACGGGAAAACAAAGACCUCAGGAGUCAUUGAAGCAUUGUGCAAAUACUAUCAGAAUGAGAACAAAGAUGUGAGGCAUGUAUGGCUUUCAGCAGGAGUAGAUCACUUCCACUCAUCCUUGGGCGACAGAGGCUGGGGUUGUGGGUACAGGAACUUCCAAAUGCUCCUCUCCUCACUGUUGCAGAACAGUUUGUAUAGAGACUGCUUGACAGAUACUACACUAAUUCCUAGUAUACCAAAGAUUCAGUCCAUGAUUGAAGAUGCCUGGAGAGAAGGUUUUGAUCCUCAUGGGGCAUCUCACUUCAACAACAGAUUACAUGGUUCCAAAGCAUGGAUAGGAGCAUGUGAAAUUUACUCGCUGUUAACCAGUCUCAGGAUGAAAUGCCAAAUCAUUGACUUUCACAAACCGACUGGUCCUACGGGUACACACCCUCGUUUGUUUGAGUGGGUUUUGCAUUACUAUUCUGCAGAUAAUGGAGGUGGCACAAAGGUGGUGUGUACUUCCAAACCACCCAUCUACUUGCAGCAUCAAGGUCACAGUCGUACUGUUGUUGGAAUAGAAGAGAAGAAAAACAAAAGCUUAUGUUUGCUACUGUUUGACCCAGGAUGUUCUUCCCAAGAAAUGCAGAAACUGCUGAAACAGAACAGUGAUGGAACUAAUCUCAAACUACUUCGGAAAUUUAUGGGUAGCCUGAAAGAAAAGCAGUACCAGAUAGUGGCUGUAGAUGGGGUGCUGUCUUUGGAAGAGAAAGCUGCUCGCUGCCGUGCUUCUCAGGUCUUAACAUCAGAGAAGAUUCCUUAAAGGAUACUUUUAUUGCCUGUUUAUGGAAUUUAUUGGAUGCAAAUCAUUAAACUUGUGGACUGUGACCCUAACUCGACAAUUUCUAGACUAAACCAUGUCUCUAUAAUGCUUGGGGGCUCUGGAGAAGCACAACACUGGAGUAAACCUAUAGUUUUGGUGUUCAGUCAAAACUCUGCCGUCCUGCUAUAACUAACUGAAGUAUUAGAGUCUUUGUCUUACUAGAAAAUGUGUUAUUUUAUUAGUUGCUUAAAUGAGCAACACCUACUGUCUUGUAUCAAACUAUGCACUGUUAAUAAGCAGUGGAUAAAGAUACUAUGGAACUAGUUUAUUGGAGUUCCUGGUCAUGGUUUAUGUCUGUAAAUGUAAUUAUGCGUCCUCUGUGACCAGUCCUCUGUUUCUCCACAGUACAGUCUGUUACACCAGGGAUUAGUUUACUACUGAACUUCUUUUCAGUUAACUGGUUUCCCUAGAGGUAUCACCUGUAAACAUGAACACAGAGGUGGAUCAGUGUUGGCAUUGGCUAUGAGGUCUAAGAAAGUGCUGUCCAGAGUAGAGUGCUCGUGCUUUAGAUGCCACACAAGACAGUCUUUGGGGUACAGGAAGAUAAUAUUUCUUUUGUACCAUGGAUAAAUAAACUAAAUAUGUUUUUAAAAGUG